AACCGAACAGUUAAAACUGAAUAACCACCGCUAAAUUGUUUUUUUUAUAUGUAUUUAGUUAACGUUUGAUUAUAGUUUACCAAUUGAAAUGAAUUGUUCAUAGGUCAAAGAUUCAUAUGGAAAAGCUUUGCGGUUUUGCAACAUUAUCAGUGCGUUGCAAUCUUGAAUGCCCUCCUCUUUUUUUCAACAAGUAUCCGUCUAUUUGUUUAUCGUUCAGCAGCAGUACCUUGUAGACAUCUGCAAGCAUGACAGGGACACUACUAAUGCGGUUUUUAACAAGGAGUUUGUUGUCUGGCAACCCGAUCAUCAGGAGCAGGGGAGUUGCAUCGUUUAUUUGGACAACGGCGAAGAGAACUAACGCAUUUUUAAUUAGUGGGAGAGUAGCGUUCUGCCUAGGACUACCUACAGUGUGUUACCUGGGCCAUGAAGCUUACAGAGGAAUUCAUAGUGCAGCAGUGGUCUUUGCUUUAGAAAAAGAAGAGGAGAUAAUUGAGCAGGCUGACUACCUCCACAGUUGUGCAGAGACAGAAAAGCUUUAUCAACUUCUACAACAGUAUAACAACAGCAAUGACGUAGAGUUCUUAUGGAGGCUGGCGCGGGCCACACGGGACCGGGCCAUGGUACAGGGCGUGCCCGCCGACCAGAAGAAGGCGCUGGUGUACGAGGCCUUUGGCUACGCCGAGAAGGCCCUUGAGAAAGACGAUGCAUGCUUUGCGUCGCACAAAUGGUACGGUAUCCUCCUCAGUGAUUUAGGGGACUACAUGGGAACCAAACACAAGCUGGAGAAGUCCCUUGUUAUCCGGAAGCAUCUGGAGAGAGCUAAGGAGCUCAAUCCCAAUGACCCUACCACAGUAUACAUAUUAGGAUACUGGUGCUUCUCUUUUGCCGAGUUGUCAUGGUCCCUCCGGAAAUUGGCAACCGUGAUUUUCGGGACGCCCCCAACGUCCUCGUACGAAGAGGCUCUGGAGUUCUUCUUGAAAGCAGAAGAAGUGAAACCGGGCUUCUACAGUAAGAAUCUGCUGAUGCUGGGGAAGACCUACCUGGCCCUGAAGGACAAGGAGAACGCCCACCUGUGGCUGACCAAGGCCAGAGACUACCGGCCCAUCACCACAGAGGACAAAGAGGUCCAUCAAGAAGCUGUACAGCUCCUCAAACGGUUGGGCUGAGGGGACAAAUAUCUCACCCUGAUCUUCGUAGGCUUUACUUCGAGCCCCCGCUUUCUUAAUCUUAAUUUAUUGCAUUUGUAACAAUGAGUAUAGUGAAAUAAUGUGAUAGGAGCUGAUAAUGUUAUUUGACCCUUUUGAUAACAGAAAAUCGAAAAAAAUAAUUGUAUUUCCUGGAAGAGGGCAUUCGUUAAUCAUGGGCAACGCUAGCAGAAAUAAACGGUGUCAAUAUAGGCUACGUCCGUAUCUGUCUCAACUUCAAUGCAUAAACCUGUCAAUCUACAAAGAAACACGCAUACAAUGAGAAAUGCGAAUAAAGACAAAGUCAACCUUCCGUAAAGGUGGUCAGAUAUAUUUAUUAAAUAUGGUUCCAUUUCCACAGGCAAGAUCCAACCAAAAGAAACAAAUAAUAAUCAAAAAGGAAAUCUAUUGUUUUUACUUUGCUUCAAGAACAGAAUAAAAAUUGUUCCUUUUGACUCCUGAGCAGAAGGAAUCGAGUUCCCUGUGAUUCUUAACGACAUAACAUCAUUGGAGGUCAUCGGAGGGGUUCAUUCAGCUAUUUGGCUCAUACAUCGAUCUCUUCAUUUAAAACGCGGUUAAAGGGUGUGGGGGGGGGUAUAUUACGCAACGACUCCACUAUAGCAUCUUUCCAUACAGUGUAGUUGAUGGUUACAGUGUGUAUCUACACGCGAUAUGUUACGUUUGGGGUUGUUUUGCGUUUCAGAUUGCCUCGAUAAAAGUC